AUGGCCGUCAUCUCCAGCAUCCCCCGCGGCGACGUCACCGCCAACCUCAACUACUACACCGCCCCAACCGACGGCUCCGCGCCCUACAACCUCGUCGGCGACGACCACCCCAAGGAUCUCGCCCGCCGCAACUACGGCGACGACUUCCACGACGUCGUCAUCCACGACAUCCGCGGCUCCGAGUCCAGCUUCACCCUCGACAAGGACGCCUUCCAGCUCAUCCAGGGCGUCCCCGAAUCCGCCGAGAAGGAUUUCGUUGAGGAUACUUCCAUCCAGAAGAAGUACUACCCAGAGGUCGAGAAGUUGCUGUUGGACAACAUCCCCGGCGCCGAUAAAGUCUACAUCUUCGACCAUACUAUUCGCCGCUCUAACCCGGAUGCUCACCGAACUCCCGUCCUGCGCGUGCACAUUGACCAGACCGCCGCCUCCGUCGAGAAGCGCGUGCGCCGGUACUUCCCCGACGAGGCCGACGCCUUGCUCCAGCGCCGCUACCGCAUCGUCAACGUCUGGCGGCCCCUGAACAAGAACCCCGUUGAAGCGAACCCUCUCGCUGUGGCAUCUACUUCCACGCUUGAUGAGAAGGACGUUAUCCCCAUCUCGCACCGCUACUCGGACGGCUAUAUCGGCGAGACGGCGGCCAUCAACUACAACGCGAACCAGAAGUGGUACUAUGCUAGCGGCAUGACUGGUGAUGAGCGCUUGUUGCUUGAGUGCUUCGACAGCGAGUCUUUGAAGCCUGGGUCUGGUAUUGGUGGACGUGUGCCUCACACUGCCUUUACUGAUCCCAGGACGAGGGUGGAUGCCGAGGGCCGCGAGAGCAUCGAGGUUCGUGCUUUGGUGUUUGGCAACUAA